AUGCCAACUGCCACUAUUGACUGUUCAUCUGUUCCAGAUAUACUAAACAACAACUCCUCAGCCCAAGAUGAUAAUAAUAAUUUGAUAUUUACACCCUAUGGUCUAAUGCUUUUAGAAAUACAAGGAGAAUUAAAUCUACCUAUCGAAUUCCCUCAAGGUCAACCUAAAACUGAUGAAGAUCGUGAAUAUUUAAAUAAUUUUAUUACCAUUAAUGAAAUUCAUCACGCGGUGAAAUUUGGGAAUUUAGUUUUCGAUGAAAAAGAUAAUAGUAAAGUGACACUUUAUGUUGGUAAAUCUCAAAGAUUAUUAGGUAAUGUUGUUAAAUUAUCAACUCCAUUAGCAGUUUUAAAAAUACCUUUGAAAAAUGAAGAUGAAAUGAUGAUAGAUAAUGACGAUAAUGCCAAUCAACAAGAAGAAGAAUUAAUAAAAUUGAUGGACAUAGUUAAAGCCAAAGUGAUAUUCAAACAAAGACCAUUACCAAUUAUGUAA